AUGUCUUCUUUACCGGACCAACGCAUGAUGAAGGUCACUGUGGUGGCGACGCAAGAGCUGUGUAUUCGGGUUGAUGAUCCCGCCGUCCUCGAGUCCUUGACAGAGAGCAUCCCACACAUGGUUCUAGAACAACUCGCCCAUCGCGGCCUCAACCUGACCAGCAUCCAAGUUGCUUCGAAUCCGGGCAACCUUGGUGGUCUCCCUGCCGGUCACGAGCUUGCUUCUGCAGCGAUCAAGGAUAGUGCAGUGUUUCAUAUGUUCAACCACAACCGCGCCUUUCCUGCCUGGAACCGAUUGCCGGCCAACAUGCCCAACACAAUCCCACUGUGGGACAGCGAAAAGACCUCUGUCGCUCGACAGCUGGACUCACCAACCCAAACGCCGAUUACCUGGUUUUAUGAUCACAUUCCACAGGCUGAACCAACAGAGCUCUGGCAUCUCGGGAAUCGACACCGUCGCGCCCUGUCGGCUUCCUUUACUGAUCACCUCAUUGCCGAAGACGACGACCAAGUCAUAACCGGCGACGGAGCUCUUCGACCAGCCCAAGUGUCCAGUCUAGACUCCAGUCCAGUUCUACCGGAACCGAUUGAGGAGAUCACAAGCAAGUUCCCUGGCGUCUAUUCCAGAGCAAAGGGGUAUGGCAGGAGAAAGAAGGCCCGUUUACUGCUGCAGCAGGCUCCCAAAAGCGCCACCAAACCUCGCGACCGUGCCAGGACGCGCACCCAGAAGGAAGCGGCCACGAAUGUCGAGGGGGAGAACAACAACAACAACAACAGCACCAACGAUAAUACCAACCGAUCUGGCAAAGGCAAGCUCGUCCAGACCGAGAAGCGCAUGUUGGCCCGCAUCCAGGACAGCCAGCACUUCGCCACGCGUCUCGAACGGAUCGACAUCACCAAAGCGCUGGAUGCGUACGGGCACAAGCGCGACCGGGACUUGCAGAAACGACUGAACCGGGCCAUGGAGAGGCGGUGGAGGGGCCAGCCCAGCGACAUGACCGAGGACGACAAGGUGGAUGUGAUAACCCAACAGCUCCAGAAGGCAAUUUGA